UUCCUCUCUUUCUCUCUCUUUGUUCCUUCUCCAGAUUUUAUCAUCCUCUCUCUUUCUCAAUAUAUUUGUAAUUUAAAAAAUAGAAAAACCCCUUGAAUGUGCUAACUUCCUUCCUCAUCGUCCCUCUCUCGUUUCGCCUCCAAAAUUCCUUAUUCUUGUAACCAAACACGCCCUUUCUCUUUCUCUCAAUAAAAACCUAAUAUUGAUCCACACCCCUCAUCUUUCCGCCAUUUUAUUUAAUACCCCAAUCUUGGCCUCUCGCAUUUGCUAUUUUGUCUUUGUCCCUCUUCGUCCAAACAACCAUCCCUAUACUUUCAUCUUUGAUUCGCCGACACACCCAUACUUCGGUUCAAAACAUUCUUCUUAGGUUUUCAUAAUUUAAGCCAACCCCAAUUUUUAUCACUGAUUUUCUUCUGCUUGGUUAUUAAUCGCCUAGGGUUUGCACCUUUCUUUACUCGGUAGAUUCAAUUUGUUACAAUUUACAAUUCUGUAUUUUUCUUUAGGUAAUACAAUACCCCAAUGUUUGUUAGUAUUACUUCAGAAAAAUAUUAGAGAAACUCAACUAAUUUCCAAGUUUCUUUGUCUGGCAGCAUAAAAACUGUAAUUAUCUGAAUGCGAAUAACUUAGUUUAAUCCAGCAAAACAUCAUCAAGUAGUUAUUGUAUUACCUGCUGUGGUUUUAAAUCUGUUUGUCUUGUUGUUGCGGGUGGUGGAGACAUUUUGGGUUACGUUUGGCCGAGGGAAAAUCAUAGGGAUUGCAUGGGAGAGCAUGAAGGGUGGACGGAGCCACCAAGUGGGCUAUUAUUAAAUGGUUUAUUGCCCAAUGAGGCGGCUUCAGUCAUCCGAGUUCUUGACUCGGAACGAUGGUUGAAGGCCGAGGACAGAACUGCAGAGCUUAUUGCCUGCAUUCAGCCAAACUCUUUCUCUGAGGAGCGCCGCAGUGCUGUUGCAGACUAUGUGCAGCGCCUCAUAGUCAAAUGUUUCCCUUGUCAGGUUUUCACUUUUGGGUCCGUUCCCCUUAAGACGUAUUUGCCUGAUGGGGACAUUGACUUAACAGCCUUCAGUGAUAAUCAAAAUUUGAAGGACACAUGGGCACAUCAGGUGCGCGAUAUGUUGGAGAAUGAGGAGAAAAAUGAGCACGCUGAAUUCCAUGUGAAGGAGGUUCAAUACAUUCAGGCAGAAGUAAAACUAAUAAAGUGUCUUGUGGAAAAUAUUGUGGUAGACAUAUCGUUUAACCAGCUUGGAGGGUUAUGCACCCUUUGUUUCCUUGAAGAGGUUGACCACGUGAUAAAUCACAGUCAUCUAUUCAAGCGUAGCAUUAUAUUGAUAAAAGCUUGGUGUUACUAUGAGAGCCGUAUACUGGGUGCUCACCAUGGACUCAUAUCGACUUAUGCACUAGAGACCUUGGUUCUUUACAUAUUUCAUGUUUUCAACAAUUCUUUUUCUGGACCACUCGAGGUCCUUUAUCGUUUUCUAGAGUUCUUUAGUAAGUUUGACUGGGACAACUUUUGUCUUAGCCUCUGGGGUCCUGUACCCAUCAGUUCACUUCCAGAUGUAACUGCAGAACCACCUCGAAAAGAUGGCGGAGUGUUGCUGCUUAGCAAAUCAUUUCUUGAUGCGUGUAGCACUACAUAUGCUGUUUGUCCUGUUGGGCAAGAAAAUCCGAGCCAACCUUUUGUUUCGAAACAUUUUAAUGUGAUUGAUCCUUUGCGUGAAAACAACAACCUUGGACGCAGUGUUAGUAAAGGUAACUUCUUUAGGAUACGUAGUGCAUUUGCAUUUGGGGCUAAAAGGUUGGCGAGGUUACUUGAUUGCCCCAAAGAGGAUCUACAUUAUGAAGUAAAUCAGUUUUUUAUGAACACUUGGGACAGACAUGGUAGUGGCCAUCGUCCUGAUGCACCAAGGAAUGACUUGUGGCGCUUGAGGUUAUCAAAUCUAGACCAUCAAGUUGAGUCUGAGAAUCUUCAUACCAAUUCAAAUUCCAGUGGUCAAAGAAAUGAGGUUUCCUCUGGUCAUGAAACUCAAGUGGAUAGGUCACAUGAAUCUUUUGGUGCUCCCUCUCAACUUGGUAAUCAUCCCUCUGAAAGCACUUCUAGAAGCAGUUAUUUCUCUACAGUUUCUCAUGCCCAAACCCAAAGGAGUUAUGGUAACUUGAACAACACCAGGACCCCUGAUCAGGUCAGACGGGAUAUCAAUACCAAUCAGAAUGCGCAGAAUGAUAAAGUUCUCAGAAGUUUUAAGCCUGAUAGCUUGGCUAGUGACAUUAGAGGUAGGUAUCUUUUUGCAAGGACACGCUCUAGCCCUGAGCUCACAGACACAUAUGGUGAAGUUUCUACCCAAGGAAGAACUAACAAAGCCUCAGAUAGUGGAAAAGGUCACCUUGCUUCAUUAAGGCUGGACAAUAGUCGGAGAAAGAACUUGGAAUCUGAUAUUUUGGUGAGUCAUGACAUUAGAUCUUCAACUGAUGAUCCGUCAUCUGUUAGCCACACCUCAUCCCGUCAAAGCCUUGAUGCGCCUGCUGAUUCAAACAGUGUGUUGAAUAGUUACAAUGAUGAUUUUGUCUUGGGUGCUAUGGGGGAAGAGUUUUCUUCUGGUGUGGGCACACUAGGGAUGCAACAGGAGGAGCAAGAUCUUGUGAAUAUGAUGGCAAAUGCUGCUCAUAAUUUUAAUGGACAGGUCCAUUUUCCACUGAAUAUGGGCUCUGGUCAGCUACCUCUUCCAUUCCCACCUUCUGUUCUAGCUUCAAUGGGAUAUUCUCACAGAAAUUUAAGUGGAAUGUUCCCUAAUAUUCCCUUGAUUGAGACUCAAUCUGGUGCAAAUAUGCAAUUUCCCCAAAGUCUGGUCCCUCCACACAUGACCCAUUAUUUUCCUGGCAUUGGAGUGGCCUCAAAACCGGAAGAUUCACAUGAACUUGGUACUGAAAAUUUUGGUCCUUCAGAUUUGAACCCUAGGGAGGCUGAGCAGGAUCACUGGCAUGAGCAGGAACGGGGUGCCUCUGGUGGAUUCGAUCUUGAUAAUGGAAACUUUGAGAUGCUUCAGUCAGAUGAUAAGCAACAAUCAACUUCUGCUGGUUAUAACUUUGUCCCUUCAUCUCGAAUAGGUGGCUCUGGCUCUUCUCGAAGAACUUCACAUAAAUUCACUAAAGAAGCUCGAGGGUCAACAAGGGAAGAUCAUGCUGAUUCUUUCCAUUCUCAAGAUACUAGAGGUAAUGAGGUUCACUUUGAUGAUAGAUCUGCAAGUUCGAGGUCUAUGCCUGCUUCACAUACAAGUUCUCUGAGAAGUAAAACCAAUUCUGAGAGUUCUUCGGAAGGAUCAUCCGUAAAGGUUUCAAAGUCAGCAAGAGAAAAAAGGGGUCGGAAAACAGCUUCUACUGCUGCUUAUGGAAAAGGUAAGAGUGUAUCUGAACAUUCAUCUGUUCAGGCUGAUGAAGAUAACAGAGAUUGGAAUCCGCUACCAAACAUGGGCACUGAAAUGGCAGAUAGAAGCACAGGACCUCAAUCUGCUGGUUCUUUACAUGUUUCAAGGCAUCAAAUACCAGGAUCUGAAGAAGCUCAAACAAGUGGAUCGGAUUCGAUUAUUCCCAUUGGUCCAAUGCUCUUUGGCCCUGGUUCUCGACAGAGAGCUAUGGACAAUUCAGGGGUGCUUCCCUUCACAUUUUAUCCCACUGGGCCACCAGUUCCUUUUCUUACAAUGCUUCCAGUUCCAUUUUGCAACUACCAAACUGAGACAGGAACCACUGAUGCAUCAACAAGUCAUUUUAGUGGGGAUGAGGGACUGGAUAACAGUGAUUCUGGUCAAAACUUUGAUUUGUCUGAGGGACUUGACCAGUCUGAGGCAUCGAGUACUUCUAACUCUGUGAGAAGGUCUGAUUCUGUUGAGCCAUCAGAGCACAAGUCUGACAUUCUUAACAGCGACUUUCUUAGCCAUUGGCAAAAUUUACAAUAUGGUCGGUUUUGCCAAAACCCACGGCUAUCUCCACCUUUAAUUUAUCCUUCACCUUUUAUGGUGCCACCUGGCUAUUUACAAGGCAGACUGCCAUGGGAUGGUCCUGGAAGACCCCUUUCGGCCAACAUGAAUCUUUUAACUCAGCUUAUGGGUUAUGGGCCUCGCCUUGUUCCUGUUGCUCCUCUCCAAUCUUCUUCUAAUAGGCCUGCUGGUGUUUACCAACGUUAUAUUGAUGAAAUGCCUAGAUAUCGUGGUGGGACUGGGACCUACCUGCCAAAUCCUAAGGUUUCUCCAAGGGACCGGCAUUCCUCAAGUACCAGAAGGGGGAAUUAUAGCCAUGACAGAGGUGACCACCUUGGUGAAAGAGAAGGAAACUGGAAUGUUAAUUCCAAGUCACGAGCUUCUGGGCGUAGCCAUAAUCGUAGCCAAAUUGAUAAAUCAAGCUCAAGGCCAGACCGGUUAGCUACAAGUGAGAGUCAAGCUGACAGGCCUUGGGGUUCACAUAGACAUGAUAACUUCCAUUCAUACCACUCGCAGAAUGGUCCAUUUCGCCCAAAUUCCACGCAGGGUGGCUCUGCUAAUGUUGCAUAUGGCAUGUAUCCACUCUCAACCAUGAACCCCAAUGGGGUGUCACUGAAUGGACCUACGAUGCCACCUGUUGUCAUGCUGUAUCCUUAUGAUCAUAAUGCUACUUAUGGUUCUCCUGCUGAACAGCUUGAGUUUGGGUCUCUUGGACCAGUGGGUUCCUCAGGUCCGAAUGAAGUAUCACAGAUCAGUGAGGGAAGUAGAUCAAGUGGGACAUUUGAUGAACAGAGGUUUCAUGGAACCUCAGGUCAACGGUCUUCACCCGAUCAGCCUUCUCCCCACAUUCAGAGAUCAGUGGCCCAGAGGAAUUACCAGUUGAAAGAUGAGGAUUUCCCUCCUCUUGCAUUUCCAAACCAGGGAGAGAAUGAUGGUGAGGAAAACUAUAAUGGAAAACCCACCCAUAACCAAGAUUGUUUGCUCUCUCCUCACUCGUAAAAAGGAGAUUUAAGUUAUGAUUUGAUUUUAUCUAAUGAUUUCUCCUGGAACAUGCUCUGCCUUGUGUCUUGUUUGUACACUCGGGAGCUCAAUUUCUAACCUACCCUGUUUUGAAGGAUGUAACAGACUGGCAUUGAAGUGGGAUGCAAGGACUCGGUAAUUAGGCUUUCGUUUUAGGAUUCCACACAUUGUAACUGUGCCAAGUAUAAUACACUCAGGUUUAGAAUUUUAGGGUUUCAUCAUGUUAUAAAAUUUAUUCCGUCAUGAUUUCUUUCAGGGAAUGUAGUAGCUUUUUUAUUCAUAAAGCUCAGCGUACAAGCUUUCAACUCUGAACUUUUGUUUACGAAGGUAAUGUAGUGAUGUCACCGCCAAAAAGAUAAAAGAUUAGAUGAGAGAAAUUCUCCUUGUUUAUUAGACUCAAAUAACUUCUAUCAAUUGUUUUUUCGCUGUAUGUUCA